AUGUUUUUGCGAAACUUAGCACUACAUCAUGUUUCGCCUUCUAAGCACCAUUUGCAUUUUUGCCAUGCUCCAAAAUGGCUGGGCAAGCCCAAGGAACCUCCGAUCUGACGAAGUGACAGAGGAAUGCCGAAACACUUACAACAACGAGCUUAGCAACGACUUUUUAGAAGGCGUGUGGUACGAAGUCGCAAAAUACACUUUCUUCGGCGGCUUGGUGCCUUCCAUCUGGUGCACGAAUAACACAAUCUAUAAAGCUACUGAUGAGAGGCUAGCAGUUUUUGAAUCAGCAUACGGCGUUAAGAUACCACGUGAAGAGAACCCUGUGCUUAUUAACAACUCGAAUUAUGCGCUGAACCUGCUCAUUGGGCACCUCGAAGCUAAGGAUCAUUUUAUGCAGCCUGGGUUCGCUCUAGAGGAGACGGUGUGGAACUACAGGCGGUUAACGGACGACUACAUGAUGGUUUGGAGUUGCGCUCUGCGCGGUAGGACCAUCUGGUUACAUUCGCGUAUAAGAGAUGUGACUAAUCAGGAGAUAGCGGAGGUCACCACUGGCGUUCCUGAGUUGUCGCGUUUGGAGAUGCAAAGGUAUUGCGCGCCUUACUAAAUUGGAAAAGAAUGCACAUUAAAA